AUGUCUUCCACUGAUCAGCAACUCAGCGGCCAGGACAGCCCGCUGCAGGAAGCACCCACUGCCGCGGAGGAAGCAGACCAGGAAUGGAUUCGAGGGGAAUACAAGAAUAAUCUCAUUGAAAAGGUCCGACAGUUCCAUUUCGCCAAGAUCCUCUUUCCUCCUCCGCCCAAUGAACGGUCAAGAAGCUACCGCGUCAGCCUCGCGGAAAUGCAGCGGAUGCGCAUACAAAGACUACAGUAUAAACUUGCUACUCAUGCCAGGAAUCUGUACGAAGGACCUGUUAAAGACUGGAGGGACUGGGAGAGGGAUCUCCAAAACUAUGGGCAGAGGCGGGUCGACAGAGAUCUUCUCGAGAGGGUCAUGGAAAACAUCAGGCCUCCCACUGGACGGUCAAGACUGGUCCUAAACUGGGAGACAAAGCGCAUCUCGCCUGUCGCUACACGAGGAGACAACCGAUCUGAGAAACUGCUUAUGCGUGCAGGCGUCGCUGCCGUUGGCGCUGCGUUUCUAAUAGCACCUAUGUGGCUUUGUAUCUUGACCCUUGAUACUCGACAGGCGCUUUGGACGACGACCAUUUUCGUGGCUGUUUUUGGUAUCAUGAUGGCUUUCGUACUCCACGAUAACAUCGCGGUUCUCUCAGCUACGGCGGCUUAUGCAGCGGUAUUGGUCGUUUUUGUGGCCUUGGUGGCAGAAAAAGAGGAAAGUUAA